GGUUUGCUAUGACGAGUUACUUCCCUUACCACUUCAAGGUUCCAGGGACGUGACAUUGCUGCUCAAGGUUGUGUUGCAGACGAAUUUCUGCCAAAACAUGGCGUUAAAAGCAACUUCGGUGUCUACCUCACCGUUUGAGGAUCAGAAGCCUGGGACAAGUGGAUUAAGGAAAAGUGUUAAAGUAUAUCAACAACCCAAUUACACCGAAAACUUUGUACAAUGCACAUUGUCAGGAGGUUUAAAGGAAAAGCUUGUCGGAAGCACUGUGGUAAUCGGAGGCGACGGGCGAUUUUAUAUGAAGGAAACGACCGUGAAGAUUGUACAGAUGUGUGCUGCUAAUGGGGUGAAAAAGGUAAUUGUUGGUGAGAACGGUUUGAUGUCCACACCAGCAUUGUCCUGUGUAAUCAGAAAAUAUCAGACAGGUGGAGGAAUUAUUCUCACAGCCAGUCACAACCCUGGUGGUCCCGACGCAGAUUUUGGUAUCAAGUUCAACACUGCUAAUGGAGGCCCAGCCCCAGAGAAUGUAACGAAUGCUAUUUUUGAGCUUACAACGACAAUAUCAGAAUACAAGACCUGCCCUGACCUGCAGCCUGUUAUUUCUGUCAUUGGAUCCACAAAAUAUGAGGUUGAAGGUCGUCCCUUCACUGUAGAGGUCAUUGACUCUGUUGCUGACUAUGCUAUGUAUAUGCAGGAGAUCUUUGAUUUUGGUGCUAUUCGUAACUUACUCUCUGGAUCAGAUGGCAAGCCAUCCCUCAAAAUUCUGCUAAAUGCCAUGCAUGGAGUGAUGGGUCCCUAUAUCACUAAGAUUGUAUGUGGAGAGCUGGGAGCCCCGGCAGACAGUGCUGUCAACUGUGUGCCCCUUACCGAUUUUGGAGGUCACCAUCCUGACCCUAACUUGACUUAUGCAGCUGACCUUGUUACAGAGUUGAAGAAAGGUCAGCAUGGAUUUGGAGCUGCUUUUGAUGGUGAUGGGGACAGGAACAUGAUUCUUGGGAAAGAAGCUUUCUUUGUAACCCCAUCUGACUCUCUGGCUGUACUGGCCAACAACCUCAACUAUAUUCCCUACUUCAGAAAGGAGGGUCGCGACAAGAAAGGGUUUGCUCGCAGCAUGCCCACCAGUGGUGCUGUAGACAGGGUGGCUGAGAAGAAUGGUGUGGAGUGCUUUGAGGUGCCCACUGGCUGGAAGUUCUUCGGUAAUCUGAUGGAUGCAGGUCGUCUGACUCUCUGUGGGGAAGAAAGUUUUGGAACUGGGUCUGACCACAUUCGGGAAAAGGAUGGACUGUGGGCUGUGCUCGCCUGGCUCUCCAUCCUAGCAGAGAAAAAAUGUAGUGUGGAGGAUAUUCUCAUGGACCACUGGAAACAGUAUGGCAGAAACUUCUACACCAGGUAUGACUAUGAGAACUGUGAGUCUGCUCCGGCAAAAAAGAUGAUGGACAACCUGAACACACUUAUAGAGGAGGGGACCCUUGUAGGGGCCACUCACAAUGUGGGGGGCAAGACUUACAAGGUGGCCACCAUGGACAACUUUGGUUACACAGACCCUAUUGAUGGCAGCAUCAGUAAGAACCAGGGAGUGAGAAUACUGUUUGCUGAUGGCUCACGAAUCAUAUUCCGCCUGAGUGGCACUGGUAGUAGUGGUGCCACCAUCAGGAUGUACAUAGAGGGAUACGAAUCGGACAAUACCACUUUUGCUAAAGACCCUCAGGAUGUGCUCAAACCUUUGAUAGAAAUUGCUUUACAAAUUUCACAGCUUAGGGAGUUGACUGGAAGAGACAAGCCCACAGUCAUCACAUAAAGAUCAUGCUAAUAUAGAAAACUGUAUAGACUUUAUAAAGUCCCCGUAAAACACCAAAGCUGUAUAUCAUUAAAAUGUCUGGCUGUAUCCCUCAUCACUAAUGCCCUUUGUAUAAUUUCUUUAAAUAACAACUACAUCUAAUAUGUCAUAUCUGUUUGUUAUGUUAUAUCAUGAAACAUAGUCCCAUUAUGAUUUUAUCUUAUUUAGCUUUUAUAUUGCAUUAGUUGUUAACUUUUUAAUGAUUAAAUACAAUGUAUCUCUGAUGCAAGACAAAAAUAAUGUUAAGGGAGCUAACUCCUGUGAGCUUAAGGAGAAAUUAAGUACUACAGCCUUUUUGGAAAUUAUUGAUGGCAUGUAGCAAUCACAUCUUAUCUAUGUCAGAAAAAUCAGGAAAUAGCCAUGAAGUAAAAUUACAAUGAGUAAAAUUAGAUAGUAAUUGAGAUGAUAUACUAGUAUGUGUUAUUGCAGAAAUAGUUAAUAUAUAAUUAUUGCCAGCAGAAUUUUAAUUGUAGUAAAUUCUCUCUUUUUUUCCCAUGGCUGCUUUUGUAAGGCAGUGAUAGCAUAUAGAAUUGGUUUUGAGUGAAAAUUAAGAAAAAGGACAAUGUGACUAUGAUGAUCUCUAAUUUACAACAUUGCAUUUUGCUUUUGAAAAUAAUUUUCUACCACAUCUACAUAUGUAAGAUAUACAUGUGCUAUGGCUAUCCGAUGCCUGGGUAAGAGAUGGGAGAAGACAGUUCAAUCUUUCUUUAAGUAUGGAGGCUAUAACAAUUCUUCCCUUUUGUGUAGAAUUUGAGAUCAGGACAUCUGCAAGCCUAUACUUUCACCCUAAUUUUACUUGAUCUGGUAACCCCCAUACCUAAGAAAUGAUAAAUUGUAUUAGUUUAGAUAAAAUGUAUAUUCAUACUCAUUGAAAAGUAUUUUUUUAUAAAUAUAGAUAUCAAGUCUUAUGUCCCUACAGAGUUACGACCCUUUGUUUAUUUCCUUUGUUUAUUUAUCAUACUGAUGUUUUGGUGGCGAUUAUAUGGAUUGCUUGAAAUGCUUUGCGUGUUUAUUUUAUCUUGCAAUCUGCAUAUGGCAAAUAUGGUAUUUGUUUUUUAUGUGAUAUCUUUAUAGUUGUUAAGUUUUACAGACUCAGCUGUUGAUAUAAGAAUGAUAUUAAAAGGUACCUGUAUACUACUGGGUACAUCAUGUACUUCCUCCGUCGUUUCUAUUUGAUCGUGGAUGGUAAUGACAGGUUAACAUGUUGUAACAGGCAAUUGUUAUUUUGUUGACACCAAUGUAUAAAACUACAUGUGUUCAGAUAUCAAUUUGUAUUUUUUGCCUGGCAUUUAAUUUGGUGCAAAAACGUACAUAAAGUUGAUAUGUCUACAAAUUUAUUGUUUUUGUUUACAACAACUAGUGCUAAUUUAUUGAAGAAAAAAAAUCAACGUUCUUUAAGUGGUUAAUGCUUCACUGUUUUAUUGACCUGGUACGAAAAAGUAUGAUUAUAGAUGUGGUGCAAAAUUAUGUAUAAAUUUGAUUUGUCUGCAAUAGGUGCUCAUUAAUUGAAGCAGAAAAGCAAUGUUCUAGUCGCUUAUACCUGUGGGUAGUUAUGUAAUCACCUGGUCUAACAGU